AAAGAUUAGAGCUGCAAGUGCAAACGAACGGGAAAUAGCCUCGCACGUCGAGAGAGCGAAAGAGAGAAAGAGAGAGAGAGAGAAGCAUAUUAGUUGCGUGCCUCCCGAAUGAAGUUUUUCGUGUUGCGUCUCUCCGCACGAAAAGACGCUACACAACUCGGACGAAAAACGCAUCGUGCGUGACGUCGGAGAAAGCCUAACUACUCGUCGUGGUCGUAUCUGUUAUUUUGCUUGUGGACUGUGUAGACUUGCUUACGCGCACGACGGACGACUGCAUUGCCAGCGAAGAUCCCUUGGCCUCCGCUGUGGAUUUUGCCGUCUUGUCCCCGACCCGUCUGCAAAACGAAGCUCAAAAUGCCAAUGAGCAAUCAUGUACCUUUGGAAGACGUGUCAGCUGGUCGAGGACAAGGUGGCGGAGGGUCUCCACAAAAUUGUCAGAAAGUUUUUAUCCAACGAGAUUAUGGCGAGGGCACUAUGGUUAAAUUCCAAACUAGGUUUCCUUCUGAACUUGGUGAACGGUUGGACCGUCAGUCUUUUGAAUAUACAAUCAAUCAAUUAAAUACAUACUUUGCUGAGGCAGAAAGAGCCAGCUGUUCAACUUAUUGUGAGGGUUGUUUAGCUUGCUUGACAGGAUACCUCAUAUAUAUAUGCACGGAGACCCACUACGAAAAGUGUCUACGUAAGGUUGCCAAAUUUGUGAGUGAACAAAACGACAGAGUUUACAGGCCUCGCGGGCUUUUAUUGACUGAUCCAACGACAAGAGGCCUCAGGUUAAUAGAAAUCUCGGUGCUUGACAGGCCCGCGUCGUGACUGCAUAUUAGCCGAUCUACUGAGAUCUUCAUGUGACCUUAACGCAUCUGCCGUUUUUUUAAAAAAAUAUAAUGAAAACAAAAUGUUAAAAAAAAAGAAGAUAAGUAAUCCACACCUUCGCGCCUAGGGCUAUGUGGUGUCUCUGUUUUACGAGACAUCAUGAGCACCGUGAUUCAAAAUUGUCGAUAUGUCUAUGCAAAGUGUCGCAAGUAUUAUGCGGUGUGCGCGAGAAAACCGAACGAUAUCGACACUCGUGAAUAAAAUGCGUUCGUUUUUUCUUUGCAGCAUGGUGGUCACUUUGUUUGAAUCAUCUCAAGUACCUGAAAGUGGAUUUUAAAACAAAAAUAUAGCUGAUGCUUUCUCAAUAUUAGAUAUAUUUCUUGAUUCUAUUUGUAGAUAGAAUAGCUUAGAGUCUUGUUAUAUAAAAUUAUCUGAACGUAAUAUGAUGUGACUAAACUAUAAAAUUAUAAUGGUCCUACUUAGUUAUGACUCAUACAUGUGUUAUCGCUAUCUAUAAUUAUCUCGAUGCUAUUAUAUCUUUGCUUUUUCAUAAAGAUUUUAGUUCAAGCAAAAUGUUCAUUAAAACAUAAAAUAUUUUAUCGCUUAUAAAACCAAGAAAAUCUAAUAUGUCAAUGAACUUAGUUAAUAUGAAUUUAUUUGUUUUGUUAUUUGCAUAUUAUAUUUUUAUUUGUGGUUAAUAAUGUAAUAAAGCUAAAAAGACUAAUUAAAAAUUCAGGAACUUUUGAAAUAAAAAAUAUUGUGGCUACCAUGUUUGAGUGAUGGAUAAUCCUAAGCUGCAACAAAACCUACUACGUAUGUACCAGUGGUGACAAAGAAGUUCUGCAUGACUGAGCCAAUUCUAUUCAAUAAGCAAUUUGUAAGCUAAGUCAACAGAUCUUCCAUAAUUUUAUGUUCGCAGAUUUUUAACAAAUAAGCAAAAUCAAAAUAUAAUAUUGAAUAUCAGGAAUUCUCUCAUGUUAUUGAAGUGAAUGAAUUCAUGUAUCUUACAAACUGUUAAGAAUGCUGUUUCUUUGCUGCCACUGCUUCUUACAUUUACUUUUAAUUCAAAGCUGUAGAAAAAAGUACAGAUAUGCUAAUUUUGCAUUUAUAUUACAAAUUAUGUUUCAGAUAUAUACAGUAGUAAGCAUUUUUAGUUUUGUAAAAAUUUGUCACUGUGUAUAGAAAUGACACUGCAUUUUAUCUUAUUUUUUAUACAAUGCUAUCAACAGAUUGCUGCUUAGUAUUUAAUAAUGUUUUGCAUAUUACAGUCGAAUUGUAUCAUACUUCCAGAUGUUAUCUUCCGUCACCCUCACUUCUCUGUUGCUUACAGAACAAAGACAAUGUUAGCGUCAUUACGUGACUAAGGUGCAGUUUUAAAAUCUAUCAAAUAAACUCAAGAAACAUUUUUUUCUAUAUACAAUGAAUUGAAUGGUGUGUGAUAAGUUUGCGACUGGAUUAGUUAUCAAAUAAAUAUUUUCUUUACAUUUUGUUAGAUGAUCCACGGGUCGGCUAGAAAUCUACUGUUAUAUUACGAUUCGAGAAGGGAAUGGAAAACAUAAUAUUAGCUUGUGAGUUGAUUGAAAAUAUUUAUUCAACGAUCGAUCAUUCAGUUACGUGGUGGAUAGAAAUAUUUCAUUUAAACAUGAAUUUUGUUAGAUUUUGUCACCAAAAAAUGCAUAUAAAUUGAAAUAGUAACAUGUAUUAGACUAAGUAUAUUUAUAUUUACUAUUAUUAUUGCUAUUACUGUCAUGAUAUAUUAUUAAAGCGAAAUUGUUUUUUUAUGGUAGCCUACAAAACUUCGUAGCUUGCUUCAAGCGAUUUCGACCAGUUUGCCAAGAUUUUGUUAAACAAUAAGCUUGUUGAUUUAAACAUUUUUGGAAAAUACUUUAUUUUUUAUCCAAAUGAACGUUAAUCCUUUGAAAUUUUUACUUCGGUUUGCAUUUACGUUGCCAAACUUUUAAUAUAAUUAAAAAUCUUACGUUUGUUUACAACAAAGAAAUGGUAAUGAUAUUAUCUAUGGAAAAAAGUAUAUUGAAUAGCCCCGGAGCUCUGUAAAUAAUUGACUGUAAAAGUACCUGAUAUGUCUUAUUUUGCAUUGCUGUAAUCUUGGCUGAGUGCACACUUUUCCGCAGUGGUGCUCUAAUUCCUGACGAUAACAGAUCGAGGCAAUUGGUGCGUGCAAGCUCGCGAUAACGAGAGAAAAUGUCUUGAAGCUAGGCUAAUGAUAAUGUCCUUGCGAGAUGAAAGUGUAUGAGGUACAUAAAGCGUGUCAGGCAAAAAAAAUCUAACUAUGCAGAGAUUAAGGAAGUGGAAAAAAUCAUAACAAUGCGUCACUGCCGUGGACUGAAAUGGAAAAUUUCACAUAUUCGUAUUUGUAUCUUUUUCGUUUCGUUGUUUUAUUUGUAAGCCUCAUUCAUUUUCAUUAUUCAUUCUCGUCGACUGUUAUAUGGAGUCACAAAAGGUAUAAACACUAUAACAUGCGUUUUCUCUGUGUGCUGGAGACUGUGCAAAAACAAGAAAAAAAAACAAAAAAAUAAAUGAGUACUGUGAAACAAAAGCGCCCGGUGUAUGGAUUCAAAGACAAAAUUAAAAUGCAGAUAAAAAAGUGAGGUAAUUAAAAAAAAGAUGAAUCGAAAAAUUGUUAUAUACUUCAUUUACUAGUAGGACCAAAUAUCUUCAAAGUUAAAAAUAACUGUAAGCGAUUACCGGCGUUCGAAUGUAAUUUCUAAGUGUUUUAUUAAUAAAAUCGACGCAAGUCUGAUAAACUUGCUUCAAUCAUCUUUAA